CAAAAAAAAAAAAGCAAAUAUCCAUAACUCUGGAGCUUCCCUAAUGGAGCUUGUUGUCCACAACUCUGCAACUCUUCCCAGAGACAAUAAAUUCUUCACAGUUUGCUCCUACUCCAAAUUCCUCAGAAUCCCAGAUUACGGCAAGAAUCUCUUUCCUCAUUUCACUAGAAACUCAAGCCAUCCACGAGAAACCCACUUCCAUUUCGAAGCUAGAAACAAGACCCGGAACUUUGUGUCGUUAGACAAAAGAAACCAGCUUUGGGUUAGCGAACAAGAAGAUGCCGAAGAACAAGUGAAUUCUUAUUCUGACGAGGAAUCGGCUUUCUUGUCUCUGAGUGAGAAGCCCAACCGGAACUUGGCCUUGCUUGACGACUAUGAAAUGGAAGAGCUUGACUGUAACGACCCCAACCAUCGAAGCGGAUAUGUGGCUGUACUAGGAAAGCCAAAUGUUGGAAAGAGUACACUUGCAAACCAAAUGAUUGGUCAAAAGUUGUCAAUAGUUAGUGAUAAACCUCAAACCACAAGGCACCGAGUUCUUGGUAUCUGUUCUGGACCAGAAUAUCAGAUGAUACUUUAUGAUACGCCCGGUGUUAUCGAGAAGAAAAUGCACAAGUUGGACUCAAUGAUGAUGAAGAAUGUCAGAAAUGCUGCGGUUAAUGCAGACUGUGUGCUUGUUCUUGUUGAUGCAUGUAAAAUGCCUCAGAAAAUUGAUGAAGUAUUGGAGGAAGGUCUUGGUAGCUUGACAAAUAGGCCACCCACUUUGCUGGUUUUGAAUAAAAAGGAUUUGAUUAAACCUGGUGAAAUUGCAAAGAAAUUGGAGUGGUAUGAAAAAUUCACAGACGUUGAUGAGGUCAUACCUGUGAGUGCCAAAUAUGGUCAUGGGGUGGAAGAUAUCAAGGAUUGGAUUCUGUCAAAACUUCCUGUUGGGCCAGCUUAUUAUCCAAAGGACAUUGUCAGUGAGCAUCCUGAAAGAUUCUUUGUCGCCGAAAUUGUAAGAGAGAAGAUAUUUAUGCAAUACCGAAAUGAAGUUCCUUAUGCAUGUCAGGUGAAUGUGGUGAGCUACAAAGCUAGGCCAACUGCAAAAGAUUUUAUACAAGUUGAAGUUGUUGUUGAAAAGAACUCGCAGAAGAUCAUCCUUAUAGGAAAGGAGGGGACGGCUCUAAAAUUACUUGCGACAGCUGCACGGCUCGACAUCGAGGAUUUCUUACAAAAGAAGGUUUUUCUUGAGGUUGAAGUGAAAGUGAAAGAAAAUUGGCGGCAAGAUGAGGGACUCUUGAAUUACUAUGGUUAUGGAGGGCAAAUUCGUGCAUUAUAACAGAAAGAAGUUAGCAACAGCUUAUUAAGUGAACCUGGUCCUGUAUUAACGCCCCUGUAACAUUCUCAUGUAGAAUUAAUUGUUUUUGUUUUUGUUUAUUUGUUUAUUUUAUUUUUUCCUCUUUUUGGCUAGAAACUGUAUUAGUAAUAUGUAUUUAUUUGCCAUCCCAAUUUUUCCUUUGGCUGAAAUGGUUUUGUAAUUAGUAUAGACAUGAGUAAUCUUUA